AUGAACCACUCACUAAAGCACUGGAAGGAGGCGGCCACGCUGAUAGUGGCCGCAGAGCAGCGACUGUGUGCGGGAGCGGUGACCUCAAGGACACCGCCGCCACACGCCACAAGUAACUACAACAUCUUACUGCUCAAGAGAAGCGGCAGAAGCAGCUUUAUGCCCAAUGCUUACGUCUUCCCCGGAGGACUGGUGGACCCCACAGACUUUUCUAGCGAGUGGCUGGACAUUUUCAAAAAGUUCAGCAAUAGCCCCAAUUUCGGUGAGGUGGCUUUUCGCAUCUGCGCCUUGAGAGAGACGUUUGAGGAGUCGGGAGUGCUUCUAGUUGUUCCCAAAAACGAAGAGGAGCGUGUGUUCAGAAGCACAGAGGUCACUGUUAACGAAAGUAUCACUGACAUAUGUCCUGACGAGCUGACCAAAUGGAGGUCGUUGGUAAACCAGAACCCUUCCAACUUCAUUAGGAUGUGCAGAGAGCUGGAGGUGCUUCCCAACAUCUGGGCCCUGCACGAGUGGUCCAACUGGCUGACCCCUGAGGGCAGAUAUGGGGGCAGAAGAUUUGAUACUGCCUUUUUUAUUUGCUGCUUGAAAGAGAUACCCCAUACACUCCAGGACCAAAAGGAAAUUGAACUCUUCCAGUGGUCUCCAGCCUCAGAGGUCCUGCAGAGCUACAAGGCUGAGGAGUUUUGGAUUGCCCCUCCGCAGUUUUACGAGCUGAGCCGUCUGUGCCGUUUGCCCUCACUGGAUGCCCUCCACACGUUUGCCAGUGAGCGUGCUGUGGAAGGCUGUGAACGAUGGCUGCCUUUUGCUACUGUGGAAAAUGGCCAACCUGUCUCUUUAUUACCAGGGGACAAACAUUACCCAGGCGAUGUAUUUGAGUCAAGCUCAGGCCAUGAUAGAGAUUCUGCACUGCACCGCUUUGUCAUUGAAGGUUCAUACGAUAUAAGACUGCAGAUAAAUAUCACCCCCAAGUACAAGCACCUGCUGCCUGUACUACCUCCCAGCUCCAAAAGUCUGCUGUGA